AUGCGUUCCAAAAGCAGUGACAAGGAGGGCUCAGCCCCAAAGCAAUUUCCAAGACCUGGAAAGGACCACAGUUUCCAAGGGCCUGAGGACAAGAAGCAGAGACAGCAAGACAAAGACCCCACCAAUGAGUCGGAUGCAAUCCUUCCAUAUCCUAAGUCACACAGUGGUAAUGGCCACCAAGGAGAAGACCUCUCAAGAGAUGACCUCUUAUUUCUUCUCAGCAUUCUGGAGGGAGAACUGCAGGCUCGAGAUGAAGUCAUAGGCGUUUUAAAGGCUGAAAAAAUGGACUUGGCUUUGCUGGAAGCUCAGUAUGGGUUUGUCACUCCAAAAAAGGUGCUAGAAGCUCUCCAGCGAGAUGCUUUUCAAGCAAAAUCUGCCCCUUGGCAGGAGGACAUCUACGAGAAACCAAUGAAUGAGUUGGACAAAGUCAUGGAAAAACAUAAAGAAUCACACAGACGAAUCCUGGAACAGCUUUUAAUGGUAGAAAAAUCUCACAGGCAAACCAUAGUAGAAUUGGAGGAAGAAAAGAGAAAACACAAAGAAUACAUGGAGAAGAGUGAUGAAUUCAUAAGCUUGCUAGAACAGGAAUGUGAAAGAUCAAGGAGGUAUGCAAGCAGAGAAUUCCAACACGGAUCCCUAAACCAAAAUCUACAGGCAUCACUAAGCCUUCCCCUAAAGCUCCCCCAGGACCUAUGGAUAAGACUGGCUGUGGGAAGCUACACAUCAUAAGGACUGUCACCUCUAACACUUUCCUCCACUUGGGAGGGAAAAGGUAAGUUAUGCCAAUGCAGUGCCUGGAUACAUUCAUGACAGAAAUAUCUGGGAAGCUGGAGUUAUUAGCAUGGAAGGACAAAGAUGAAGGGCCACCUCUCCAGGAAAUGGCGAAGCAGCAGACAGACGUGGUUCAUUCACAGGUUGCUGGGCCAGGUGAAUACCUUCCUGAAGGAGCAGCACAACUACAAUUCUUGUACCUCUGUGUGCAUAUGCAUACACAUAUACAUAAAAUCACAGACCCAGACACACACCCCAAGUCCUCCCAACUUGUCAGCCUUCUUAUAAUGCAACCCAAAGCUGGACAUUAGCCCAAAACAGGACUGGAUGUGUUGGAAUAGUUUGAAAAUUUUCUGGCGAACCCAGAAGUAAUUCUUCAUUCCACAGAACUUUGCUAAGAAUAUGUGGUAGCAAGAAUUCCUACUCUGCUUCAAGAAAGUCAGAUUAUCUUCAUCAAAAUGGCAAGCUGAUUAAAUCAUACUUUAAGGUCUAAAAAUAUGACUUCUUUUGACCCAGGAGGAGAAAAAAAAAAGUGGUUCUUCUUAGUUACAAGAAGAAAAGAAACAACAAAAAUGAGUAACAGCCAAACACGCCCUUUUUGUGGCCUGCCUGGUAACUGCUGGGGUAGUGUGUAUACUUGGCUGCCGGCACUUAGUCUUCUGUCCUUCUUUUCCUAGUAAGUUGUCCCCCUGUAUAUACCAGGCCAUGGAAUCUCACUGCUAGGCUUGUAAAGCAAACCAUUUUAGAUUGACAUCUCUACUUUCUAUAGUAAUCAGGACAUCUGAGAGUCAAAGGUCACUAAUUCUGCGAUCUUUUAGGGAGAUAUGAAUCACUGUCUUAGAUGUUUUAAAAAAAAAUUUAUCAUCUCAUAUGGCAUUUUUAAAUUACAUCUGAAUCAACACUAUAGAAAAAUCACUUGAUCCAACAAAAGCUUGUGAUCAGGAGACUCAAGUUCCAAUUCAAAGUUUUCACUCAUUUGACAGAGCUUGGCAUUCAUUUAACUAGGCCCUGAGUUCCCAGAAUGUAAAAACAGAAAAGCUAAAUAAUUCCCCUGGUUCCUUCAACUUCUGCUCAUCCAUGACUACAUCCAACUACAGAAUACUGAAUUCAACCAAUCAUCUAUGAGGCAGAGCUCAGGUUCCUGGCAGUAAACUAGUUAUUUUCUUCCCACUAAAAACUCACUGAGUCUAGAGAAAGGUGUGUCUGUAAUUUAGUGUGGGCAGAGUGACACAAUGAUGUUUUAAGACAAAUAAGGUAUUUUUGACAUGGGACACAGAUAUCUCACAAAGCUUCAGUCAAAAAAUAAAUAAAUAAAUUCUAGAAGAGCAUGACCCAAGGUUUUCUGUACUUUGGCACCAAGAACUGGAGGCAUGAUCCUGGAAGAAAUCCUCCUGGUUAAGGACAGUGCUUCAGCUCACUGUCCUGGGAUGCAGUCAGCCGAGCAGGAGCAAAGGAAUGGCCAUUUCCACACUCAUCCAGCCAAGCCCGCUCCGGCGCACUGAUGUCAGUAUACAAAUGCCCCUGGGGCCCGCUUCAGUUUCAGGGAAGAGGAAAAGGAGCUGAAAGCCUGGGCAGCACUGAACUAUGCAAGUUAAAAAGAGGGAGGACGUGCAGCAGGCAGCAGGCAAGUGGCAUAAGGGGAGGGUAGGGGGGUUAAUUGGAUUAAAAACACCAAGUGGAAAAGUCUAAGUUAAAGGAAAGCAGUAAGAGAACAAUGGAAGGAAUGAACUACAAAAGCUGAUAACCCUCUGACAUGACAACAAUAUGAGACAGUUCAGAAGGAAGUACAGGGCAGUAAUAGGGAGAUGGUGAAGUGGGAAAAAGUGGAGGGUGCUUAUGACUGUGCCUGAUAUUAGCAGGUAAUAUUUAGCAAAGAGAGAAUGAGUGAUUGAGGGACAGAAAAGCCAUUUAGUCAAGAAUUAAGUGAGAAAAUGUGCUAAGAGAUGGCAAUGGUACAUGACAGGGUCAGGAAAAGCGGUUAUGCUGCAUAACAUUCAACACUGAUAAUUAUGCUAAUACAAAGAGGAAACACUGAACCUCGUAGGGUGGAACCCAAACAGACUGGAAAGAAGCAUGAAACAAAACAGGAAAAACAAGCACCAACAGUAGUCAGAGAAAAACACAACACCCUGGGAAUAUUUUACCUUGAGGAUGAGCACGCAAGCAGCAGAAAUCCAUCUUUAAAUGGAUUUUAUUUUCUUGGACUCCAAAAUCACUGUGGACAGUUACUGCAGCCAUGAAAUUAAAAGACACUUGCUCCCUAGAAGAAAAGCUAUAACAAACCUAGGCAGCAAAUUAAAAACAGAGACAUUACUUUGCCAACAAACGUCUGUAUAGUCAAAGUUAUGAUUUUUCCAGUAGUCAUGUAUGGAUGUGAGAGUUGGACCAUAACGAAGGCUGAGUGCCAAAGAAUUGAUGCUUUCGAGCUGUGGUGUUAGAAAAGACUCUUGAGAGUCCUUUGGACUUCAAGGAGAUCAAACCAUUCAAUCCUAAAGGGAAUCAGUCCUGAAUAUUCACUGGAAGGACUGAUGCCAAAACUGAAGCUCCAAUACUUUGACCACGUGAUGCAAAGAACUAAUUCAUUGGAAAAGAUCCUGAUACUGCGGAAGACUGAAGGCAGGAGGAGACGGGGCCAACAGAGGACGACAUGGUUGGAUGGCAUUACUGACUCGAUGAACAUGAGUUUGAGCAAGCUCCGGGAGUUGGUGAUGGACAGGGUAGCCUGGCAGGCUGCAGUCCAUGGGGUCGAAAAGAGUUGGACACAACUGAGUGACUGAACUGAACUAAAUACUAUUUAGACAGGUCUUUAAAAUAACAAAAUCUAUUCUAACAAAAGGAUUACCAGCCAAAAACUAUACUUCUUAUUUUAAAGCAAUGUGUAAUACAGCGAAAAUGCAUGAACAACUUACAACCAGGGUAAGUUCAACAAAUGGUGUUUGACCUGUAACACAACCAAAAUAUAAAGAAUUCUGCCUCCUGAGCAUAAUCCUGUUUCUGCAGAAAUAUGGUUCUUCUAAAAAUAAAAAGAAAAGAAGCUAUCCUAAUAAUUUUAGAGUGCUUUCAUUAGGUUAAAUUUUUAAAAACAGAUAAAAAUACAAGUGAACAAAGAUACAUUCAAAUUGUGAAAAAAAGUUUAAUAACCUGAUAUUUGUAUGCUGGAGUCUUUCCUCAGCUCUUCAUUUAUUUAACUUCAAUGAUUUCUGAACUGAUCUCCUUAUAACUUUUUAGAAUCAAGUGUCUGAUUUUAACAGCAAAGUGAUUGAUCUAAUACAUGACUGGCAAUUAUGGGCUAAGUAAUGGAGUAACUGAUGUGAUGCUGGAAUUUUCUUUGGGACCUGUUUCAAAUGAUAUGUGUCAUAACACUGGGGGUCUGACACUGAGUCAGAGGCAGGGAUCUGCAGCGCACAGGCCAAAUUCAGCCCACUGUCUUUCUGUAUGUUCUGCAAGUUAAGAAUAGUUUUUAUAUUUUUAAAUAGGAAAAAAUAUCAAAAGAAGAAUAUUUUGUGAGAUGUGAAAAUUACAUGAAAUUCAGAUUUCAUUGUGUAUAGAUGACAUUCUAUUGGAACACAGCCACGUUCAUUUAUUUACAUAUUGAUUAUAUGAUCACUUUUCCGCCACGAUAGCAUAAAAGUUGAGUGGCUGUGACACUGGCCAACACAGCCUAAAACACUUACUACCUGGCCUUUUACAAAUAGAGUUUCCUUACUGCUGUUCCAGUGUGAUCUAGACUAAAAAGGAACUUAACAACUUAAGAAACGCUUUAUCAACUAAUUGUUAAAAGCAAUGCUAGCAAUUUAAGAAUGUGACUAAAAAUUCCAUAAAGGCUGAUGAAAAUGAAAAAACUAUUUCAAGCUUGCUUGUGAUAUCUUUUGUAAAAUGUAUACUUCCACAUUUGCACUAAAGUGUUCAACUAAAGAACAUCAGAUAAGAACAGGUCAAAGGAUUUAUGUCACAAAAUAAUGUAAUGUGCAACUGCUGAAUCUGAGUGGGGAAGCAAACUAUUUCUAGGCCUUCCAAAUACCUGGUAUUUUCUAAGACAGCAGAACUACUAUACAUGUUUUUUAGAGAAAGAUGUGUAAAUCUGCACCUUUAAAUAUUCAUAAUUGUUGUCAAGAACCACUUCUUGAGGGAUUCCCAGGUGGAGCAGUGGUAAAGAAUUGGCCUGCUAAUUCAGGAGAUGCAAGAGACAUGGGUUCAAUCCUGGGUUGGGAAGAUCCCCUGGAGAAGGGAAUGGCAAACCACUCCAGUAUUCUUGCCUGGAAAAUUCCAUGGACAGAGGAGCCUGGCGGGCUACAGUUCAGGGGUCUCAAAGAGUCAGACAUGACUGAGCAUGCAUGCAUACAUAUGCAUACCACUUGUUCAAUCAUUUACAAGAAUCACAGAAAUUGUGUACAGUGAAGUAAAACUUAUGGACUUCCCUGGUGGCUCAGACGGUAAAGCGUCUGUCUACCAUUAAGGAGACCCGGGUUCGAUCCUUGGGCCAGGAAGAUCCCCUGGAGAAGGAAAUGGCAGCCCACUCCAGUACUCUUGCCUGGAAAAUCCCAUGGACGGAGGAGCCUGGUGGGCUACAGUCCAUGGGGUCGCAAAGAGUAGGAUACGACUGAGCGACUCCACCACCAUCACCACAAGUAAAACUUGGUCAAUUUGUUACAAUCUUCAAGUACAGAACAAAAAUGUUGUAUGCUCUCUCCUCUUUCUUUUUAUAAUUUAUCCUACCCCUGUUUUCUGCCCUUAAACAUCUGUCUUAAAAUAAUAUUACUUGCAUUUUGAUUGAACCAUAUCAAUGUGUAACUCUCAUAAGGUAAACAGAUUAUGUUUUUUCCUCUAACUCCAUUGCAAUUUCUAAAAGAGGGCCAAGUAUGAGGGCUCAAUAAAUGAUUUUGAAAACAACAUGCUCUGAUGUUGAUCCUGUGAUGUAUGUUAUCAACAUCAACUGUAAAUAUUCCAAGUCUGAAUUUUACAUGCAGAGGCAAUGCUUUAUAAUAUCUACCAUGCAUGGAUGCCUCUAGGUAAAAUUAAUGCUGUAAGGCCUCACUUUGGUGUUAGAAAAGCAAAAAAACCCCACAAAAACUGAAGCUACUUAUGCUUAAAAAAUCCAAGGUGUGCCCCAACUUCACCAUUUCCAGAAGGAACUUAGCAUAAGGCAAUGUGAUUUUUUUAAGGAUAAAGUAAUAUUACAACAAAAAUAUUUAUAAUGCUUACUUCAGUAAUUUCAAACAAAAUGAACAAUCACAAAGAUUUUAGGUGAUAAAAGCCAUCACCAGUGGGAAUUAUCAGCUCAUUUACAAAGCAGAAGUCUUUUGUCCUUUCAAAUACAGAAUUUCAAAACAUAAGUUAAAAACUAAACCCAAAUGUGGUUAGAAUGAAACGGUAGUAGACACAGUUGUAAAACACCAACUUCUAAUAUGUUUUCAGAAAGAGAAAAACAACAUCUGCCAAGUUUAACAAAAGCCUGAGCAAGAUGUUGACAACCCUUCCAGUGGACCAAGUUUCUUUAGAUGUGGAAAUCCUAUGUUAAAGUCUCCAAGAUGUGGCUGGGAAAUACUAACAGUCAAUUUCUUAAUGAACAAAUUCUUAAUGAGUGUCUUCUAAGUACCCAGAUACUACUACAGGCCCUGAGGAUACAGCAAAGAACAAGAUAAACAAAUCUCUGCUCACAUGGUGCUUAUGUACUAGUGUGGGGAGACUGCAAUAAUUUAAUAAGGAAAAUAAUAGUUGGUGACCAAUGCUCUGAUGAGAAUUACUAUAACAUGAUAAUGUAAGUGGAUAGCUACUCUAGACUGACUGAUCAGGAAGGGCUUCCUAUUUAGUAUGUUUGAACUUAGCUCUUAAUGUCAAGAAAAGGCCAACCAUUCAAAAUUCAGGACAGCCCAGAAAGGAAGAGUAAUAGCUACUGCAAAUGGAUAAGACAGAAUGAGCUUGGUCAGUUGCGGCACAGUAUGAAGGCUGGUGUGGCUGGUACAGAAUAACCUAGAGGAGAGUAAGUAGGUUCCAGCAGAUAGCAACCACGGUAAGCAAUCCAGGGGGGAAGCCACUGACAGGUUUAAGCAGGAAUGUGAUGUGAUUGAUCACUGCAGCUGCUGAGUGAAGAACAGAGGUACAAGAUGGAGGUUGGGAGCCCUGUUAGUUUACUGCAGAGGUUUAGGCAAGUGAGGAUGACAGCACAUAUUCAGAUGAUGUAAACAAACAAGCAAAAAAAUAAUAAUAAAAGGAAAAAUAAAUUCAGGAUGUGUUUUGGAGACAGAGACAAGACUAGAUAGAUCAGAUGUAACGGGUGAAAAAAGUAAAUGAAUAAAUCAGAAUAUUCCUAGGCCUUUGUGAAAUUGGUUAAUUGGUGACUGAAUUUAUUGAGAUAGGGAAGUCUGGAGAAAAAGCAGCUUUGGGGAAAACUUCAGGAGAUGGGCCUCAUUUACAUUUAACAUUUUCGUCAAAUAAGUAAAGACUUCAAGAAGACAGCCAGGUAUAUGAGCCUUGUGUUCUAGGGCCAAGUAUGAGUAUCUGGGAAGAGACUGUUCUGAAAAGUCCAAUGGUGCAACCAGAUUAUUUGCAUCUCAGAGUAGUCAGUGUUCUUUAGAACAGUACACUUUGCAAGACUAAGAGUUAACAGAUAA